GCUCGGCUGGGGGGGCUGGUGGGGAGCCCUGGCUGGGCUGAGAGGGCCGGACACCGAGCCCGGGAGCCGCCGCCGUCGCCGCCGCCUGCGCCUCGGGAAAGGUAUCCCGAGGGCCACAUUUGCCUCCCUCACCCUCGGAUCCACCCCAUCAUGCCCGCCGCUGUCCUCCUCUUCUGGGCCUCCCUGCUGACUGGGGCCUGGCCUGCUGCCCUCACCAAGGACUACCUCUUUGCCACCCCCAGGGUCCAGCUCUCCUUCAAAGAACUGAAGGCUACGGGCACUGCUCAUUUCUUCAACUUCCUGCUGAACACAACAGAUUAUCGGAUCCUGCUAAAGGAUGAAGACCACGACCGGAUGUAUGUGGGCAGCAAGGAUUACAUCCUGUCCUUGGAUCUCCAUGACAUCAACAGAGAGCCCCUCAUCAUCCACUGGGCGGCCUCCCCUCAGAGGAUCGAGGAGUGUGUGCUCUCGGGGAAGAACAGCAAUGGGGAAUGUGGGAACUUCAUUCGGCUCAUCCAGCCCUGGAAUCGGACACAUCUGUAUGUGUGUGGGACAGGUGCCUACAACCCCGUGUGUACUUAUGUCAAUCGAGGGCGCAAAGCACAGGCCGUGGAGCUGACACACACCCUUCAGGCCAGAGGCCGGGGCAGCAGAGCCACGGAUGCCGCCGCUGUCAGCCCAACUGUGGCCGCCCAGCACCAGGAUUAUAUAUUCUACUUAGAGCCGGAGAAACUGGAAUCGGGAAAAGGCAAAUGUCCUUAUGAUCCCAAAGUGGACAGCGUCUCUGCCCUGAUCAAUGAAGAAUUAUAUGCCGGCGUGUACAUAGAUUUCAUGGGCACAGACGCAGCCAUCUUCCGGACCCUGGGCAAACAGACGGCCAUGAGGACAGACCAGUAUAACUCUCGCUGGCUCAAUGAUCCUUCGUUCGUGCACGCGCAGCUCAUCCCGGACAGCGCCGAGCGGAAUGACGACAAGCUCUACUUCUUCUUCCGAGAAAAGUCCACGGAGGCCCCCCAGAGCCCGGCUGUCUAUGCCCGCAUCGGCCGCAUCUGCCUGAACGAUGAUGGGGGUCACUGCUGCUUGGUAAAUAAAUGGAGCACCUUCCUGAAGGCGCGGCUCAUCUGCUCUGUCCCUGGCCCCGAUGGCAUCGAGACCCACUUUGACGAGCUUCAGGAUGUGUUUGUGCAGCAAACCCAGGACGUGAAAAACCCCGUCAUCUAUGCCGUCUUCACAUCAUCAGGCUCCGUGUUCAGAGGCUCUGCAGUCUGCGUGUACUCCAUGGCCGAUAUCCGCAUGGUCUUCAACGGACCCUUUGCCCACAAGGAGGGGCCCAACUACCAGUGGAUGCCUUUUACGGGCAAGAUGCCCUAUCCUCGCCCUGGCACUUGUCCAGGGGGCACCUUCACGCCAUCCAUGAAAUCAACCAAGGACUACCCGGACGAGGUCAUUAACUUCAUGCGCACCCACCCGCUGAUGUUCAACGCGGUGUACCCCCUGCAGCGGCGGCCUCUGGUGGUCAGGACCAACGCCCGCUACCGCUUCACCACCAUCGCCGUGGACCAGGUGGAUGCGGCCGACGGGCGCUAUGAGGUGCUUUUCCUGGGCACAGACCGAGGCACUGUGCAGAAAGUUAUCGUGCUGCCCAAGGAUGACAUGGAGACAGAGGAGCUGAUGCUGGAGGAGGUUGAAGUUUUCAAGGUUCCAGCUCCGAUUAAAACAAUGACCAUCUCCUCCAAGCGGCAACAACUGUAUGUGGCUUCUGCCGUGGGCGUAACCCACCUGGGCCUGCAUCGUUGCCACACCUACGGGGCCGCCUGUGCCGACUGCUGCCUUGCCAGGGACCCCUACUGCGCCUGGGAUGGCAAAUUCUGCUCCCGGUAUUCGGCUUCCUCCAAAAGACGGAGCCGCCGCCAAGACAUCCGCCAUGGCAACCCCAUUCGUCAGUGCAGAGGUUUCAAUUCCAAUGUCAAUAAGAACACCGUGGAAUCAGUGCAGUACGGGGUUGAGGGCAGUGCUGCCUUCCUGGAGUGUCAGCCCCGAUCCCCGCAGGCCACCAUCAAGUGGCUUUUCCAAAGAGAUGCCAAUGACCGGAGAAAGGAGCUUCGAGCAGAGGAGCGCAUGCUGCGGACCGAGCCCGGCCUGCUGCUGCGGGCCCUUCAGCUGAGCGAUGCCGGCCUCUACACUUGUACCGCCACUGAGAACAACUUCAAGCACGUGGUCACUCGUGUCCAGCUGCACGUCCUCAGCCGAGAAGCUGUUCAUGCUGUGCUCUUCCCGGCGGGCGCUGCUGUGGCUGCCCUGCAGCCCCCUGGGGCUGACCCUGCCACAGCCGGCCUCAGGUCCCCUACACCCCCCUACCAGGAGCUGGCUCAGCUCCUGGCCCAGCCCGAAAUGGGACUCAUCAACCAGUACUGUCAGGGAUACUGGCGCCAUGCGCCCCCAAGCCACAAAGAGGCCCCUGGGGGGCUCAAGACCCCUGAGCUCCCGGACCAGAAAAAGCCUCGAAACCGUCGUAAUCACCAGCCGGACACAUGAAACCACCAUUGCUGCUGCCCCGUCCCCUGAAACCUUGGGGGGCCAUAAACUAUCUCAUCACAUCUCUAUUUUCCCACCAUCCCCCAUCCCCAGGCCAUUACCCCCUCUCCCAUUUUAAUAUAAAAAGAUAUAUAUAUAAAUAUCUAUAUAUAUUAUAUAUAUAUACAAAGAGACACACACACAACACACACACACACACACACAUACACACACACACACACACACACCACAUCCCUUUUAUCAGUAUUUAUUGGUAAGUCCUACAUAGACCCUUGGGAUCCGAAACCCAGGACCAUCCCCUUCCUGGUCCUUCCUUGUGGCAGUGGGGUCAGGACCUCGGACAAGGACUGGGUGCCCUGGUCUGAAAGAAGGGAGCAAGCCUGGGCUAGGACCCAAGGUGGUGGACUCCCCAGCCGACGAACAUCCCCUGGGCCGGUCUGCUAUGAGAAGAUCCAAAAGCUUGGGGAAGGUCCAGCCACGGCCAGGACCAGAGCUGCCCCUGGCCGACGGAUGCCCGCCGCGCGUCUCGGGACAGGGGUGGUGGGACUGGGGAGACCAAACUUCUGAGGAUGGAGAGUCCGUCUCUCUUCCCCCAGCUCAGGUUGGGGCACAGGUUUCAUGGGAGCAGGCACAGAAUAAGCACGUGCAGGGCAGGGCAGAGCAGGCUUGGGCAGGUAGGCAGGGGCCAAACCACUUUGGGGACUGGUGGAGGACUGGACGGACAGGGAGGGAUGGACUGGGUCAGGGUAGGGGGCUGGUCUCUGAUGGUUGGCCAAUACGGCGUGGGCAUUGUGGGCUGGGGCUGGAAUGGGGAGUCCAGGGUCUGGGCUAAGCAGGGACAAGGGACCCAUGGUCUGAGAGGAAACUGGAGGAGCACCUCUAGGCAGGAGAGGAAAGCAGGGGACCAGGGUGAGGUAAAGGAGGAAGCCAUAGGACUGGACUGUAUGCAGAGAAGGGACGUGGGAGCAGUGAGCAGAGGAGAGCAGCUGGGAGCGUUUUCAGAGUCUGCUUGCCCUUGUGCCUCCCACUCUGGCUGAGGUCCUGGGCCAUGCUGGGAAGAGCCCCUUCUUACACUUGGGAGCCAGAGGGCCGGCCCCAGUGAGCCCAGGACUGGAUCUUGCAGAGGGGCUGGUGGGAAGGUGCAGAGUGGGCAUUUUAGGAUAUUUAUUCUCUAUUUAUUGGGGGAAGGAGAAAGGAGGGGCAGUCCAUGCCAGGCCCUCUCCCAGGUGCCCACCAUCUCCCCUGGACUCCUUCCAUCGGGGGCCUUGGAGAAUCCAGUUACUAGCUGGGGCCAGCAUUUGUCAGCCACAGCCUUUCCCCAUCUCCCUGCCCUACAAGAAUACUUCUCUCCUGGGAAGCCCAGCCCCAAAGGGGGUGGCCAUGGUGGGGGGGGGGCAGCUCCAGACGAAUGGGAUGGAAGAUCAGAACCCCUUCUCCCCUCCCGUGGGGGCCACCCUGGGGCUGUAAAUAGUUGUACAGGGAGACUGUGGGGAGGGAGGGAGAUGGGAGACAAGGGGCCUGAGCCACGGGGUCAAGGGAAGUUCCUGUGGAUGGGAUCGCGCUAAUAAACACUGGUUCUGAUUCUA